ACGCGAUAUUCGGUAAUACCAGCGCAGCGUAUGCUGUCCGGCGGACUAUUUACUGUUGGCGGAAUUCACAAACAGCUUACCACAAAGCGCAAUUAAUUUUCCAAAUUGUAUUAUUUGUCAUAUGUUUUGUUAUAUAAUUGGCUUUGCCAGUCGAGUUGGCAAAACACAGGACACAGGGCACAGGGCACAGAACACAGUACGAAGGACGUUGGGUAAAUCCGUAAAACUGAAUGGAAUCGAUUGAGUUUCAUUCAUGAGCACGUUCAGGCGCCGCAGGACAGCUACCUGCCUAAGCGUGGGAAAGUUGAUGCUGGCAGCAGGGAUCGCUGUGGUCCUGCUCAGUCACAGGUAGACGGCAAGGAAAUUGGGCUGCUCCGCAAUUGCGUCGGUUCGCCGGAUCGGAAUCUGUUGGGUUAUUUGUCCGACGCGCCGGGAGUUUCUUCUGUUCAUGAAAAAGUCCCAAGUGGAAAAAAGGCAAAUUUCCGGUUUUUUGAUCUCGUCUCGUAUUUCCCACGGCCCACAGUUCCUACGCUCGGUAUAAAACCGGGCAAUUGGCUCCUGCCGGCACACAGUCGAGCCAACGACAGCAAAGAGAACACACGCACCCACACACACACAGCAUUAUGUUUUAUAUUAUACAAAUAUUCUUGAGCUUGGCGAGCAGUGCAACGGCUGCCAGCCUGACGGCGCCGUUAAGCUACUAUCAAUACACACAGUUCCAGGCGCCACUGUCCUGGGAGGCCAUCAGCAGCAGCAGCUUGGACCAGGCAAUCAGCAGCUGCCAGCGGAGCUUCAAGUGGCAGCGCUGGAAUUGCCCCAACCAGGACUUUGUCAAACGACGCACAGCACCAACUCCGGCCCAGGCGCUGGAUCGCGAAGACGUCUAUGUGGCUGCCAUUGCGUUGGCCUCCAUAUUGCAUACACUCACCAAGGACUGCGCCAAUGGCCUCAUAGCCGGCUGCGGCUGCAGCGAUAAUGCCCUCAACAUGCCCUGCGCCCAUGAGCCGUCCAAGGCGCUGCAGCUGUACGAGCAGCGCUACGGCAUGGGCGUCGAUGCUUUGGGUCACAAUCAGCGCGUGGUUGGCGCCCUUUUGGAGAAGUCAUUGGAGCAGGAAUGCCACUGCAUCCAGCAUGGUCCACAGGGCAGCUGCCUGGAGAAGAAGUGCGUGCAGGUGCUCAAGCCAUUCGAAGCCAUUGCCCAGGAUCUGCUCAAUAUGUACGACGAUGCCAUACAGCUGGAUACGACCGCCAGCAAUCUGAAGAUCAUGUGGCAGAAUAUACCACUCGACUCGCUUGUCUAUAUGCUGGACUCGCCCAACUACUGCCAGCCGGAGGCCAGCGGACGCUGGGCGGGCACACGUGGACGCCAGUGCGCCAAGCACACGGGCAGCACAGCCGACGAGCGGCUCUCCUGCCAGCAGCUCUGUCGCGUCUGUGGAUUCCGCGUGCGAUCGCAGCAUCUGCGCAGCGAACGGCGUUGCAAUUGCAAGCUGGUUUGGGGCUUUCGUUUGCAAUGCGAUGUUUGCAUUCAGCUGGAACGCCACUACAGCUGCUACUAAAGACGAAAGAGAGAGAGAGAGAGAGACAGACAGAGUGGGAGAGAGUGCGAGACUAAGCCAAUUCAGGGCGCUGGUUGAGCCCAGUUA